GACGGCCCCCACCAACAGAUACUGAACGCCACACUCGCCUAUCCGGGCAACGAAGUGACCUACUAUUCCGACAUUAAACAGGUGAAGGAUCUGUCCUAUUCUGGCAAGAUCAUCUACUCGCCAUCCAAAGGCAAACUCAUCACCAUUGAGCACAAGGAAAGUAUUACAAACCCAACGCAAGCCAUUUUUGUGAAAUCCGAGGCCAAGAUCUCGUACUCGUGGAAAGCGGACACCAAAGCGGUGACCCUGGAGUCUGGCUGGUCAGAGCCCGAUGUCUUCAAAUACCGGCGCGUUUUGCUCGUCAACGACAAGAAGAUGAAUCACGUGGACGUCCAGUACAAUAAGGCUACGGGUGCUCUUCAGGCUCAGGCCACGUGCGAGUUCCACGACCGGGCGCUGGACCUGAAGGUAGACAACGUGAUGAACCCGAAAUUAGCCAAUUAUGGUUUCCGUUUGGGUCAGAAGUCAUACAAAUUCAGCGUUAAUCGAGUGCCCAAAGAGUCCAUUUCCCUCAAACUCGACUCCGCAGAGAAUUCCCAAUGGAAAGAGUUCAAAGUGCGAGUAUCGCGUAAAGAGAAGUCGAGCAUAAAUAUGGUUCGGGCCAAUGGCGCGGCACUCAACGCGUGGAUCGAUCCGUACGGCUUGAAAGAGAAACGUGCUCAUCUGGACUUUAAAUCGCCCAAGUACAAUUUGGACCACACCGGCGACAUUGUCUACAAUAAGGUGGACCGCAAGUUCACGUGGGACUCGAAGACCAAUCGCAACGGCCAGCCAUACCUGACGUUUGAGGCCCAGUGCGCGCCCCGACAGCGAUCAUACUUUAUACUGAAAAAGAUCAAAUCACCCGAUGAUGUGUCGAAGUUGGAGUACUUCCAGGACAAGGGU